CUCAGUUAAGAUUUUGGAACGUAGAACCAUGUAUUUGAUGUAUAAAACAAUUAAAAGGAAACAAAGUUGAGCGAAUGUGCAGAGUUAUUAAUAAUUUGUGGUGCAUAUAUUAAUAUCAAAGAAGUGUAAACAUAUUGUUUUCGUACAAGUGAACUAUUUUAAGUGUUGGACGUUUUAUUCGUAUAUACAUUAGUGAACAAUUGACGCAAUAUAUAUCAUCAAUAUAUCAAAUCUUUCAAUGCACUGUUGAUACCAUGGGGUUUGAAGAUGAAAGAAGUGAUUCAGAAGAAGAACACGAUAAGUCCAGAAGCGCAUCUCCAGAUGCACAAAGAUCAGACAGUGAUGUAGCAGAAAGCAAGUCAAAAUCUAAUUCUGCCAGUCCUAAAUCUUCACCUGCCAGGUCCAAUUUGUCAUCUCCUAUACGAGAUAGAUCGCCAGCUUCUGUUCAUUCCAAUGUGAGCUCUAGAAAAUCUUAUUCUAAAUCACGAUCUGGAUCGCCAUCGCCAAGCAGAUCUGGUUUGCUAUCAAAUAUCAGAAAAAGUGCAUCAAGAUCACGUUCUAAAUCCCGUUCUCCAGAGCCCGUGGAGAUAAGUGAAAGAAAUGCUUCUCAAUCGCCAACUCAUUCGCAUCGUUCUGCAAAAUCAGGCUCAAGAUCCCGAACUUCCUCUCGAGCAUCGUCCAGAAGUUCUCGAGCAGGAUCUAGGAAUAACUCGCGUUCUAGAUCUAGAUCUACUUCGGCAAAACCAAGUCCGUCUAAAUCUGUUUCACCAAAAGCAAAUUUUCGAUCAUUGUCUAGAUCUCCUUCUCCUCAAGAUAAUCCUAAAUCGCGAUCUCCUUCAAGAUCGCGUUCUCGUUCUGGCUCCCCGAAAGCAUCUGUUCAUUCACGUUCCCGAUCAAGCACUCCUAAGUCUUUCCACACAAGAUCUAGAUCUAGAUCAAGAUCGGGAUCAGCUAGUUUAAAAGAAGUUAAAGCUGACUCGAGAUCGAGAUCAAGAUCUCCAUCUGGAUCGAAGAAAGGUUCUCGUUCACUAUCAGCAUCGCCAACUCGAUCUCCAGUAACUACUAGACAAUCACGUUCAAGAUCAAAGUCACGCUCAGUAAACGGUUCCAGAGAAGGUUCCCCGAAUUUAAAAAAAAAAUCGCGUUCUAGAUCCCGUUCCAGAUCUCGUUCCAAUUCGGCGAAUAGACAGUCGAGGUCAAGAUCUAAGUCAAGGUCAAGAUCUGUUUCUGGAUCUAGAAAACAUUCUAGAUCGCGUUCUAAAUCCAGAUCUUUAUCGGGUUCGAGAAAAGAUUCACGUUCAAGGUCGCGAUCGGGAUCGCACAAAUCCGGAUCAAGAUGUCGAUCGAGAUCGAUGUCGGGAUCACGUAAAGGUUCUGUAUCGCCGACACAUUCGGAAAGAAAUUCAAGAUCCAUAUCCAGAGGAAGUUCGCGAGCUUCCAGCAAAUCUAAAUCAAGAUCCCGUUCUGGAUCAAGAGCUUCGCGUUCAAGGUCGCGUUCGCGGUCGCGUUCACAAUCCGGAUCCAGAAAAUCAAGAUCGAGAUCAAAAUCAAGAUCGAGAUCAAAAUCAAGAUCGAGAUCUCGUUCAAGAUCACACUCAGGCUCGAGAUCGCGCUCAAGAUCAAAGUCAAGAUCAAAAUCAAGAUCUAGGUCACGGUCGAAGUCACGUUCCAAAUCGCGUUCGAGAUCACGAUCCGGUUCGGGAGUCAGACAUUCGUCCCGUUCCAAGUCCCGAUCUAGAUCUCGAUCCAAGUCCAGAUCCAGAUCCAGACAAUCAAGAAGUCCUAGCAGAGAUUCGGAUGGGAAAAUCAAAAAACGAAACAAAGUGUUGUCGGAUUCUGAAGACGAGACGGUUGAAAAUAAAGCGAAGAAACGAGCAAAACACGAUAUAUCAGAUUCCGAGCACGAGGACGAAGAGAAGAAGAAAAAAGAUGAUAAUGCACAGGAAGAGGAAGAGAAACAAGAAGGCGUUAAUGAGCAACAGGACAAUGAGGAUUCUGACGACGGCAUAGUCACCGGUGGCGGAAUGGACGAUUCGAUGUCCGAUUUUGAUCGCAUGUUGGCGCGAAAGAAAGAAGAACAAUCACGUCGACGCAAACGAAAGGACAUCGAUAUUAUUAACGAUAACGACGAUAUUAUAGCACAGUUGUUAUCGGACAUGAAAAAUGCGGCCGAGGAAGAUAGAAAGUUGAAUCAGGAAAACAAACCCGCAACAAACAAAAUCGCCAUGUUGUCCAAAGUGUUGUCGCAAUUAAAGAAGCACGAUUUACAACUUGCCUUUUUGGAACAUAACGUGCUGUCGGUUCUUACCGAUUGGUUGGCGCCUAUGCCCGAUCGUUCGUUGCCAUCUCUCAAGAUUAGAGACAAUCUUUUAAAACUAUUGUGGGAGUUUCCGAGGAUUGAUCAGGCAUCGUUAAAACAAUCCGGUAUUGGGAAAGCCGUGAUGUAUCUUUAUAAACAUCCGAAAGAAACGAAAGAGAACAAAGAGCGCGCUGGAAAAUUGAUCAAUGAGUGGGCUCGGCCGAUUUUUAAUUUAUCAGCCGAUUUUAAAGCUCUGUCGAAGGAAGAGAGAAUGCAAAGAGAUUUGGAGCAAACGCCUCAGAAGAGAAGGAAGACCGAGGACGGAGGAUCUUUUCAAAAAUCACAGGAUAUUAAUAAGGCCUUGAAAGGAGACGCCAAACCUUUAAGGCCAGGAGAUCCUGGAUGGGUGGGAAGAGCCAGAGUCCCUAGACCGUCUAAUAAAGAUUAUGUUAUACGACCUGACUGGAAAUCAGACAUUGACAUCAGUCGGAGUACCAAAAAGCAAAUGAGUAGAUUUGAAAGGCAUAUGAAAAACUAUAUAGAUAACAAACGAAUGAAGUCCACGAGAAGAGCGGUAGAUAUAUCAAUAGAAGGUCGCAAAAUGUCUUUGUAAUAAUAGAACAAAAUUGUAUUCAUAUUUUGCAAUGUGUUAAAUUUCGGUGAUAUUUUGAGUUGUGUAAAAUUAUAGCAUGUAGUACUGUGUAAGGAAUGUUAAAUCCUUUACACGGUAUGCUUAUACGAACUGAACUGAAUAAAACUUAAAACGUAAA